AUGAGUCAGCUCGUGCAGAAGGUCGUAGACUCGGGGAUGUUCCCCGGGACGCUGAGCAGCUACGAGGUCACUUCUUUUCCGCAAUUGCUGCUCCUUCCGCGCCUCGACUCGCCCGAGACGAAAAUCCCGCUCGUUCUGCUUCUCCUGCAUCCGCGACAACACCUUCGCCAACAUCUCGCGACGCAGCUCGAAAUCCUCGAGCACCUCCGCCUCCACGCGCGGAACCUGGAGCGACACUACCACCUUUCUCUCGCGGAGCUCUUGCGCUUCCGCGAGAGACUCCGCGCGCGCCGGCGCGGUGUACAUACACCCGAGAGCCGCGCGGCCGAGGCGGGUCCGAGAGGCGGGGAUUCGCAGGCGGCGUGCCCAGGCGAGACUUCCAACCCCAGAAGUCGACAGGCGACCGCGGCGAACGGGGACACGUCUCUGGGCGACGGGUGUCUCGAGACUGUCGGCGCCUCGCGUCGUCCAGAACACUCUUUUCCGCCCAGGACUCUCAGCCGAGACUCUCAGCGCGGGGACGAGUCCGGAAAAAGCUGGUCUCCGGCGCAAUCGCGCGCUGCAGGCGCCGGGAAGGACGGCGCUUUGCGUGCACUCGGCGGAAACCGUCGCGGCCGCGCCGCCGUUCCCGCAACUCGGGAAUCAGGCGCACAUUCGGCCAGUGGACGGAGAGAAGAGCUAAGCCCUGAGCCGCCGACUCAGGCUGGUCUCUCGGCGGCCGACCGCGAAGGCGUGCCAGGAGGCGAGAGAGAAGAGGCGUCGAGGAAGCUGCCAGAGAGCGCAGAGGCGCGGCCGUGCUCGGAGCAGACUGACGCGCAGGUCGCCGACUUGCAGCGGCGCUUGACGCACACGCGCGCGUUCCUCACGCUGCUGCAGCGCCAGUUUCUCUUUCAGCAGCGCGUCCUGGAGAGAGAACUGCAGGGCAAAGCCACCGAGAAAGACGACCACAGCCUCGCGUGCUCGGAAGUGUGCGUCUGUGGAUUUUGUGUCGUCCCUGGCAAGAGGCCAGAGGAGCCCCGGGACGCAGCUGGAAGAACGCGAGAGAAACCCACCACGGGGGAGGCACCGGAAGGGGUUCUCGAAAGCGACGACGGCGACGCCGCGCGAAACGGUCCGCGAAUGCGAAGCGGCUCAACGCUUCUCUCCCCAAACGGCCCCGCACGCGCUCCCCGCGGCUCCAAUCAUGCACCCGCUUGUGCCUCGCCGGGGGCGGUUUCGAACGGCGUGUCUGCGCUCUUUUCCGGUCCGACCGCGGGCGCAGUGGCUUCGCCGUACCUCAUCAUCUACGCACACGGGAACGGGAGCGACAUCGGCGACGUGUAUGCGCGCUCAGCCUUGCUCGCCGAGCGUCUCCGGGCGAACUUCCUGCUCUUUGACUAUCCCGGAUACGGCAAGUACGCGGGCGCUGCAGACGAGGCUUCGGUGGACGCGACGCUCCGCUCCGUCCUCGCCUUCGCGACUGACCACCUGCGAUGGCCGCCGCAGAAAAUCAUCCUGUGGGGAACCUCCAUCGGAACCGGCCCGUGCACGCGCGCUGCAUGCAGCCUCGCCGCCGCGGUGCCGUCUCCGCGCCCCGUCGGCGCGAGGGGCCUCGUCGGGCCCGCACGUGGCGGGGCGAGCGACCCAGGCCACCAGGAAGAGAGUGCAGAGGGUUUCUCGGGGAUCGGCACGCGUCGCCGAAGAAAGAAACGCUCAGAUGUCUUCUGCGUGGGGGAGACCAACCCGCGCGGAGCGGAAGAAGGCUCCGACCUCGCGACGGAGACACCCGGCCGGGUGCGGGGAACGAAAUUCGCUUCCUUCUUCGCCGGCGUCGCUGCAGCUGUCGCCUCCGGAGGCGGUGCCGGCCUCGCCACCACGCUGGGCAAGUGGAUGGCGGAGGACGAGGCAGGAUGCGAAGCCGGUGAGGAAAGGGACGAAACGGAAGAGUCGUUUUUUAGGACAGACUCAUGUGGAGAUUCCCGCCAACCGACUCUCUCGUCUGCCUCUCUGCCCCCGAGAUGCAACUCAUCUCUGUCUCCUUCCGCUGCUCCCCCAAGUCUUUCUUCUUCCCCGUCCUCUCUUCCCUCUUCGUCUCCACCGCGCGCCACUCUUGCCGGCUUCUCCUCCUCUGCCUCUGUUGUCUCUGCGGGUUCCCAGUCGCUCCCGGUGGCCUCGCGCCUGGCGUCUCUGCCUGUGCCUGCGGGGCUGGUGCUCCAGUGUCCGUACCGCUCGAUUACGCAUGCAGCGGCGGCUUUUGUGCCGUCUCUGGUUGCGCGGGCGCUCGUCGCGUCGAGGUGGAAUGUGGAGAACGAGGUGCUUGCAUGCGACUGCCCAGUCCUCUGGAUCCACGGCCAAGCAGACGAACUUUUCCCGUGGGAAGGCAGCCUCGCCAUGUUUGACGCCUAUCGCAAGGUGUGCGAGCUGCGGCGGGCCCGCGCCGCCGCCGCCGCCUCCGCGCCCCGCGCGGCGCCUGGAGCCCAACUAGCGACGGCCGCGGCCGGCGCCCCCCGAGUCCCGGGAGGCAGCAGGAGAGACAGAGCGGCGGAAGCGGGCCCAAAGCCUUCGCAGCCAGGCGCUGACCCUGCUGAGGAAGAGGCGGACAGGCGCAGGGGGCGACAACCGGCGAGUUGCGACCGCGGAGACACCACGGCCCACGGGGCGGCUGGCUGGGGCGCGAGGGGGGCGCGGCCGCUAGGGCCAGACGGUGGGGAGCGCGGGGACCUCGAGGAGAGGAGGCAGGCGAGCAGCGCAGACGAGACGGAUCCUAGACUGGAAGCCGCGAGAGUCGCUGCGCUCUCAGCCUUUGCAAGACGCGACGUCGAGGAAUGGGCGGUUGGCCACUUCCCAGAGAAAGCGACGCACGGCGACUUCGACUUUCGAAAGGACUUGGUAGCCCCCGUCCAGCGACUCAUGAGGCGGAGCCAGCAGCGCUGCAUCGAGGCGUUUGUCGGGGAGCUUCUCGCGCUCUGGACUGCUGGUCUACAGUCGACCUCUGCCGCUUCGCCUGCGGGGGACUGGGCUGUUGUUCGGGACUUCUUUUCCUGUUUCUGGGGAACCCCAGACGAGAGCCCGGCGUGUCACCGGGGGCUCGCAGGUGUCUCUGCCUCCCCUCCAGCAGGCCGGAGCAGCUCUGCGCUCGCCUCUCGCGGCGCCGCGGCGCUGGCAGCCUUCGAGGACGAGGGCCGAGGGCGUCUCCGUCUCCGCUUUCUGUUGCCGCCGCACUUCCUCUGCGGCCUGACGCUUAGCCACCCGCUGCUUCGGCCUUUUCGGCCGACAGUCGGAGACUACUUCUCCCUGCGGGCGCUGAAUUCGUGCCGUCUGGGGUCCGCCCAGCCUGUCACUUCUCUCCGCGGCUGGUUCCGCGGCGACGUCUCGCUCUUCGGCCUCGGAAACCACCACGUCUGGGGAUCGAGAGACGAAGAAGACGAGGACGAGGAGGAAGACGGGAGUGAGGACGAACACGUGUCUUCGACGUCGAUAGACGAAUCUCUGGUGUCGAGCGAGGAAGAAGGGACCGAAGCGGACGAAGAGACCGAAGAGGAAGAAGCGGACGAAGAGGACGAGGCGGACGAAGGGAGGGGAGGCGAAGAGGCAGGAGACAGGUUGGAAGAAGGCGAUGCAGGCGGGAGUGAGUUAGGGGCGCGCCUCACUUCGUUCGGUUCGUCCGCCCUGGGAGCUGAGCCGGCCACGGAGACCAGCGGAGAUGUCGUGGAGAGAGGAGGCGCGGCACGGGACAGGCAGCCUUUGCCCUCGACUUCUCUCCAGUCGCUCGCUCCGUCCGCUCGCGUCUCCCCUCCCUCGUCUUCGUUUCCGGCCGAUUCGCCGGCGUCGCGUUCUCGGCAGCUUUCCAACCCUCGUGGACAGGCUGCCUCCUCUCGCUCCGUGUCUGUCUCUUCCCGGUCUUCCGUCUCGCGGCCCCGCUGGCCCGUAGUAGUCCGCGCCCUGGCCGCGCGAACGGAGAGGGAGAAGGCGCGAAGGCUGCGGGCUCGAAGGAAGCGCGCGUUUUCGGCCUUUUCGGCUCCUGACCUCGCGCGCACCCCAAAAAUCUCCCUGCCGCCUCUCCAGGAGAAUCUCCUGCAGAAUUUUUCUUCGCUCCCCGCUCUGCUCGCUUUCAUCGCGCACCGCUACGCCCUCUUCCUCUCCUGUCUGCUGCAGGUCGCCCGCGAGAGACUCGCAGUCUCCUCGCGGACGCCUGGCGCAGCGACUGACUGCUUCCUCGCGGACGUCGAAGCCUUCGUCCGGCGCCUCUACGGCCUUUUGCAGCCUUCUCUCUUCGUCGACGCCGUCUACAAGAACCGGAACGGAGUGAGGCGCGAUCGUGAAGUGCGGGGAGGGGCGACGGGGGAAACUGGACGCCAGCGCUCAGAGGUUGGACACCAGACCGACGAAGGCGCGAGACAGGGUGGGGCCGGGCGCAUGCAAAGCGAAGAGAAACACAACUCGGAGCCCUGUGGAGAACGCGACGUGAACACUUGCUAUGCUCUAGACAGUCUCGUCAUCGCCGGUGUACGCAUCCGUCUGUCUCCGCCUGCGGAGGCGACGCCCGAAGAUCUCUCUUCUUCGGGUCUUCGGUUGCCGGGGAUGCUCAGUUCGGAGUAUUUGCCGCUCCGCCGUCCACCUCCGUUGGAAAAGGCAGCGCAGGGUUUCCGGCCGCUGACGAGAGCAGCCUGGCGCCGCGACAGGCGGGGCGUGGCUGCUCGUCUCUCCGCGGACGCGCCGCAGCGAGGAGGAACUGGAGAGAGUGGAGGUCCGCAUGGCUCGCAGCCCCGUGCUGCAGAGCGCUGGAUGCGAACAGAAGGCGCCGGGCGCCGCCGGCUCCACGCGGGGGCGACAGCCCGUCCGUGUCCGAGGAAGUCGCGGUACUUUUCGCGGCCGCGCCUCUCGCCUCUUCACCUUCUUUUCCCUGCGCCGAACUUCCUCGUUUUCCCCGUCUUUGUUCCGCCUCUCCCUUCGCUGCGCUUGACGGUUCAGUGGCUGGUCGAUGCGCUCGCGCUGAGCGAGGAGAGAUCCCCAGCAGGCGUUCAGUCCUCUCGCUCGACGGCUGCGUCGGAGGCGCUGUCUGUGCCCGCCGCUCCGUCUCUCUUUCGGCUGCGCGUUCAGGGGCCUCACUCGCGAGGAGCGGAGACAGGUCGUUCUGCGCCCGGCGCCUGGCAGCCGGAGACGCACGAGAGGGCCCCGGCCCGGUCCCGGCGGAAUGCGCGUGGAUCUUCGCCUCGCGUGUCUUCGCGCGAACAAGAGGCAGCGUUUCUGAGGGAGCGAAAGAAGCAAAUAUCGCUCCUCUUUGCCGACCAACUCUUGAAACAGCUUCUCGUCUCGCCCGUUCGUCCCGCCUUCGAAGCGCUCGGCGUGGCGCCUGUGCCCGGUCGCCUCGCGCCCCCCUCCGCCUCGGCCCUUCCUUCUGCAGGCGCGGAAGGGGAGGAGACACGAGGCUUUCCGGUGGUUGUCGGAGCCCGAAACGACUUCAUCGCUGGCAGGAACUUCUUCCCUUUCGGGUGGGACGUGCUGUUCCUCCUCCUGUGCCGCAGCCACAUUGCCUCCUACCUUCCGCGUCUCGUUCCAGCUCCCUUUCUCUCUUCGACGCCUCGGCCGUCUGCCCGACACACACCGCGCGAAGGCGUCGCUCCUUCCUCUCCCGUUCCUCGUUCCUCUGCGCCUCGCGGGUGUCCUUCGCGGCCUGUCUCGUCGCUGCUCUCCUCGGCUUGUGUGGCGUCGCAGUCGCGGUGGGGCGAGGAUCCGGAGACACUUUUUGCGGGGGCGCAGCACGCCGAGCAGUUUGCGCAGCGGCGCGCGCUCUGCCGCCAGCGUGUCUCUUCAGCUGAGUUUCCUCGGCUGUCUCCUGACGCCGUGGAGCGGAUGAGUUUGACAGCCGCGCAAACGCGCGCAGCUUCGCUCGCUUCCUCCCUCGCCUUCUGCCUGCCUCUGUCGCUAGGCUGGGCGUUUUCAGCGAGCGGAGAGAAGGCACAGUUCCCCGGCGAGAAGCGACGCGACCACACAGGACACGCCGCGCCUCUCGGCCAGAAGUCCCGGGAGACUCGCGUCUUUUACUGGGAAGAACUCUCCCCGGCGCACUCGCUCCUCGUGCAGGCUCCGCAAAUCCUCGCUCUCGCUGAUGCCCUGGACCUAGGCCGCGCGGCGCAUGCAGCCUUUCUGUCGAGAGCGACAGGUCGCGCACAGCUGAAAAGCGAGCCAAAAGACCCGCACCCCCCGCGAGAAGAACGCGUAAGGAGCGGGGCGGAGACGAGCCGCGAGACGCAGGAGGUUCCGGGCGCGAGAGCCGGAGAGGCAUGCAUGCAUGGACCAGUUCCGGGGGGGUGGCGAGCGGGAAGAAGGGCGCUCUGGGCUUUUCCGGCGACUGGGUUGCCGCCCUCAGUUAUCCGGGGCGUGUUUCUCGCCUCCGAGAGAGAACGGGUGAGGGAAGAGAGGCGAAACGUGGAACGGGCAGCCGCACUGGGGCACGAAGAGGGAAAACCGAGCGAGCAAGGCUCCACGUUCUCGUUCUUCCCCUUUUCUGCAAAGGGGAAAGAGGACGACAAACGAGGGACGCGCGCCGACGUCCAAGACAUCGCCUGUCCCGUGCGCGCCGAAGACGCGGCCUGCGAAGGGACUGGACCGAGCGCGAGAGGAGACCAGGGAUCGGAGAGAGCAGGCGCGACGGAGAGCGGCAGAAAGCCUGCGGAGGGAACGCAGGAGUCGCAGAUGGAGAAGCUUAUUUUCGCCUUCUUCAGAGAUAGUUUCGUCUUCAGCGAGCCGAAGUUCUUCCUGGAGAAACACGAGAGCGCUCGAGACGCUCCUUUUCGGCUUCCGGACCGGAUCCUGAAAGCUCUGCGCGGGGCCCUGCGCCGCCACGCCUCCGGCGAGGCCGCGGCGGAAGAGAGUGAGGGCGAGGGGCGACAUUUCUCCCGGCCAGACGCAAAAAGCGCCGAAUGUCGGCGAGGCGGACGCCCGGAACUUCCGAGUGACACGGCCGGAAACCCGAGCUUUGACGGAAAAAUACGACUCGACGAUGUGGCUGCAGCGUUCUUGCAUGCAUGCAGAGAGGCCGAUCUGUCCGGAGCGCGGAGACGACGCAGGCGAGCCACCACCGUUUCCGCAGGCGCUGCAGCCGGAGCAGCGGGGACACCCGAGACACUCGAAAGUGAAAGAGAAGGGGGGUUGGGAAGGCCGUUUCCUCCCUGCUCAGCCUUCACUUCUUCGGCCUGUUCCGCUCCUCGCGUGCGCUCGUCCUCGUCGAGCACGGCGCCCUCGAGAGAGACCAGUGGAGGGGAGAUGGGGAAGGCGCGCGGCGCAGAAGACAACGAACAAGAGACAAUCUCUCAGCGGGAUGCGUCUUCCGACAGACGCCGCGCUGGGUCGUUCCCGUGCCCGUGUCGUCGCUCCUCGUCUUGUGCUGACGCGACUUCUUCCUCGCCUGCUGUCUCUGCGCGCGACACGACCUUGGCGCCCGUUGCCCUCUUCCUGAGUGGCGCUGGUGACUGCCCGAGGCUCGACACGGAGCGCGACGAGGGAGACAGCCGUGUCUCCAACAACGAACAAGACGAGAAGGAAGACGAGGACGAGAGGGAGACGAUCGAGAGGGAGACGAUAGCGGGGAAAGAGAGAGAGACGGAGAGAGAGGAGACAGACACAGACGACGGGGAUCUUCGUGUUUGCGAAGCGCCGCUUCGGCCCUUCGCAGAUUCCUGGGACGCUAUUUCGUUCCCUGUCUCCUCUCCCUCGGAAGAUCAAUGGCUUCAGUCCAUGUCUUCUCUCUUGCCGCUUGAGACACCUACAGUGCAAGAUGAACAGCGUGAACUGGCGGAGUGGUGUCUCCUUGCCGCGCUCAUUCGCGCCGAGCUCGCGACCGCGUCCCUCCUCCACCGCGCGACUCGGCUGCGGCCCGCGACGGGUCCGGCCCCAAGAGCCGAGAGAGACAGGGCGAUUCAAGAAGCGAGAGGAGACCGCAGCGAGGAGGCUGAGAGAGGCGCCCACCGCAGCAGCGCGCAGGGACACACAUCCGCUUGCGUGUCUCCGGAAGAAAGCGAAGAAGAACUGUUACGUCUGGCGCUGGGAGCGUCGUCUGUGCAUGGAUUAGCCGCCGCGGCGUCUCCGAGUCUCCCGUUCCAUCCUCUAACUGUCGCCCUGGAGCGCCUUCUUCUCUACGCGCUGGACCAAAUCUAUCGUUUCGAUUCCGCGCCGCCGUCGACUCGCCUCCUCCCGAGCCUUCCACUUGCUCCCUACGCUGCGCCGCUCGCCCCCUUCCUGCCUGUGACCCCCUCAAAAUCUCCUUCUGUGUCGCCGCGCCCCUGUCAAUCGCCUCCCGUGUCCUGCGCGCCAGGCCGAGUUGCGCAGUCGUCCGCAACCUUUUCUCCUGUGCCUGGCCUUCCACUCCUCCCUUCCUCUCCCGCCUUAGCUCCGGGAGGGCCUCCGUCCCUCAUGUCCUCUCGCCUCGCGGCUCCGCUCUCCUCACACGCUUCCUUCCCCGCUCAUGUUUCUUCGCAGCCUUUUUCUCUCUGCUCGUCUUCGUCUCUCGGAUCCGUGGAUAAGCUCGCCGUAGGGCGUCCGGGGUCGCAUGCAUCUCUUUGUCUGAUUCCGGGGGAGAAGAAGCCUGGAGGCGCGGGCGGGGCUGUGGGGGAGACGCGCGGGGCGACCGAGGGCUUUGGAGCCCAGCAGGCCCUUGGCGAGCACGCCGAUCCAGUCUUCAAGAACUCGGCGGGGACAGUCUCCUUUCGCAGGCCCCGAGGCACUGCGGACGCCGGAUCGGGUGGCAGCCGCAGUGGCGUCGAGGGGACACGUGCCGCAGAAAGCUCUCGAGGCUCAGAGGACCGGCGUUUUUCUUCUCUUCCGUCGGAGAGUUGUGAACGUGGCGAAACAACUGAGCUGAAGGGACGGCGCCACACUCGCCCACCCAUUGAGAUUCGGAAUGUGCUGCUAGAAGGCCCUCGUCCCGUCGGCGACGUCUCCCCAGAGACCAAGAAAGACAUCCAGAGGGGGCGAGGGACCCCACACCUUCCGCCAGAGGUCGAGGAGACAACUGGUCUCGGGGGCGGUGUCUCGACCCUAGUUUCUCGCGCUCCGCAGCACCUGCAUGCGCUGGCCCACCAGUCCAGGCUUCUUGCUGCGGCCCAGGAAAUGCACGGGCCGAGAAUGAGAGAGAUUCCCGCAGCUCGACUUUCGGUCCUGAAGACUUCUACGCCUCCUCGAGUCCUGACGCUUGUCUCCGAUGUCGGCUCUAGGCAGCGCAACGACGGGGAGGCGACCACUGGGUCGCCAGCCCCGGGAGGUUCCCAGGGAGUUGCGAACAUCCGUCAAAGUGCUAUCCCUCCGUCUCGGUCUUCGACAGAAAACUGCUCCCUCCUCAUUCCCGUGCAGGCGCCGCAAGAGGUCCGUGGCCCAAGUUGUCUCUCCUUAGAUGACUGCACUGACAUCCGUCCCCGGCGCGGGCAUUCGCUGGUGUGUCCUCGUCCGAGUCGGCCACCUCGCGGAGGCGUGCGGGCUCUACAGCAUGCGGAGUGCCCGCCCGAAGCCGAGCCCGGAAGAAAGACAGAGACAGGGGACAGGCUACCCACAACCGACCCAGCCCGCUCGCCCAACGGGGCACCGCCUGCCGGCGGCUCUGUCCUUCUGAACAGGAACCACAUGCGGCAGUUUACAGGGUCUGUCUCCUCUGGGCCGAUGCGUCGGCUGCCUCCUCGCCGUGCUGACCCCCGUCCCGCCCCUCAAGAGAGCGCCGCAAGCGGAGACACUGGGGACUCGCAGAGCGCCCGACGGUUUAGCUACGAGUCUGGGGCGCGGAAUCCUGCUGGGCGGGACACCACCGAGAACAACGGCUCACAGCAAGUCGUUGAGUCUGCUCUCGCCGGCUCCGUCCCUUCUCCGGAUGCAGCGCUCCUGCGACAGGCGUCGGGCUCUCUGUCUCCAGCGGGCCGUCCACGGGGCGCCGGCGUAACGCUGAAACCGCUGGCAACAGAUGUCUUUCGCCCACGCCCUGGAUAUGCCUUCCCCCCGCCUCCUGUGUACGGACUGCGGGCGGAGUCUGUACAAACAGAUGAGCUAGCUGGCCGACCGGCGGAGAUCAGAGAGUGCCCAGGACAUCGCUCGGAGUUAAGGCACACAGGGAGUGUUCCAGGCGUUGUUCUCAGCCUGCAUACAGACGCCAACACAGGGGCUGUUCCCGCCGCAUGCCACCAGCAGGAGCGGAAGCGGCUCCACAUGCACAGGGCGCUAGGACGGCCUCCGCAGCAAGUCGAGAAGUUGUGCUUCGUCAGAAGAGACGAGUUCGCUGUAGACUCGGGGGAAGAAACAUACGGUGGAGAGGAAAGGAAACUCGGGCAACUUGGAGGCGUGCAGAACCCCGGAGGGGAAGGACGAAGAGACACGAGUUCGAGUGGAGGCAGCGAGGGCGCCGGACCCAUUUUCGCCGUGGACAACCUGCUCUCUGGGUGA